AUGAAUAAUCAAAACCAAAAGGAAAAGAGUAAUACUAACUAUUACCAAGAAGAGCAACACUUGCAACUGCAAUCCCAACAGCAACCGCAACUACAUUCGCAGCAACAGCGUGUGCCUAUACCACGAUUAAACAGCUUUUCAAAUCGUCGGCAAACACUUGUACUACCAUCUACUAGAGUCAAGGAGACGGAAGUUGUUACUACUCCAUUGGUAUUGCCAUCACAGAGUGCACCUAGUCCAUCAAAUAGCUCACAAGUACGCACCAAUCUACAGAACCAGCAGCAACAGCAGCAACAGCAGCCAUUGCGAUACCAAGAGCUAUCAAGGAAACAACAACAACAACAGCAACAUCAACCACAGUUUCUCCCUCAAUUAGGGUCGCCUUUUACCAAACUGCAUUUGUCGCAGUCGCCAAUAUUAGCACCGCAUUCGCCACGCACGUAUCCCAGUCUGGAUCAGAACCAACAAUUUAAACGAAAAAUGAGUUAUACCAUGUUUUCACCAAAUCCAGCAAGUCCGUUGUACCCCAGUACAUCCUCCCAAUCGCAAAACAACAACAACAACAACAAUAACAAUAACAAUAACAAUAACAACAAUAACAUUAACAACAGCAUUAAAAGUAGAAGUACUGGCGUUUCGUCACCGGCUGCGAAAAGACCCAAGACGGAUGAUUAUUUAUUUGGGAGUGCCCAUGGGUCUCCAUUUGCGGAAUCACCAUUACCCACAUCAUCUACCUUACAACCCAACAUCAGCUAUACAAGGCGAUCAAACACGUUGAAUUCAAGCCAGCAGAAACCGGGAACAUCUUUAGCCACAGCUGCUGGUAUUGCAUCUAUCAAGAGGGAGAAAACACCCGAAAAUGAAAACGAGGAUGAACGGUUUCUAAGGUUGGCUAGGGAUGCCUUAGUCGCCACUGCGCAAGGCAUUGGUCGAAAUAAUCGCGAAGUGGUAGAUCCAACUAUACUGGAUUUAUUAACGAGGCUACAGUAUGCAUCGUCGCCACACGGAAACCCCAUUUCUAAACUGGAAGGGUUGGAAGCUAAUGAUGCGGGCCAGUUAAACAUUCAAGGCUUUUAUCAACUGUUUCCUAAUUUGAGUAACAAUGUGUUCACUGGUGGUGGUAGCAGUGGUGAAGUUGAGCGGUCGAAUAGUAUCACCGGCAGUGCUCUGAAUAGGAAUCAGCAUUUGGGGGAGAGAGGAGCAGGUGGAAGGGAAGGGGUGGCACUGACAGGUAGAUACAAUCCUGCCGGUAAUGAACUGGGAUGGAACUUUCUCAUUGGAGAACCAUUACAGUUAAAGAGUGAUGCUGAGCGACAACGCGAGAGUAAAAACUAUUCGCACCAUGGUAGGCCGACUGGUCGUGCAUCUUCAAUCACAUCUUUACUCAAUGAUACACCACUGCCAAUACUGACAAUGUCGUUCAGUGCUACUACGCAAGCAUCUGAAGCGACUACAAAAGCACCACUUCAGCAAAGAAAGAGCUUGGCUGGUGGUGGUGGUGGUGGUGGCGCAACGAUACGUAACAAUGCCACAUCAACAUUGACGACAACAACAACAACGGCAUCGUCAUCGAAAAGGAAAUCAUUAGCUUUCAAAGACCAAACUCGUAAAUUUCCGUGUGAUAAAUGCUCAAUGGUAUUUCGUCGAUCUUCAGAUUUGAAAAGACACGCAAAGCAGCAUCUCAGUGUUCCUGCGAAUAUAUGUGAGUUUUGUGGUAAAGGUUUUGCUAGGAAAGAUGCAUUGAAGAGACAUAUGGGUACUUUGACGUGUAAAAGAAAUGCCAAUAAGAAGUUGUAUCUUGAUAAUUUGGCAUUCUUGAAGAAUGGAGACGUGGGGAAUGACGAUGAGGAUGAUGAAGAUGAUGCUGAUGAGAGUAGUGCAAGCGAAGCUGAUAAUAAUAAUGAUGAUGAGGAGGCGGGUGCCAUAAGGGGUAGUGACAAACGAAAAAGAAUGAGUGAUUUUAAUGAGGAAGGACGGGAAGAGGGCGACGACGAGGAUGAGGAUGAGGAUGAGGAUGAUGAUGACAGAAAGCCCAAAUUUCCUACAUUUGGAUACCAAAGGGGCAACUGA